AAGUCCUUUCCUAUUCUGAACACUUUUUCAGUGACGCAAAGAACUCGUAAUUGAAUUUACCAGUGGUUAGCAGGGUGUUUCUUACGCGUUGCGUCAACCGGAUUAAACAAGUGAUGGCUUGGAUGGUUUCAUAGCGUUGCUAUGCCAAACUAACAUGUAAAAAAAAUUUUAUACAAUAGUAUGUUAUUAGCAAAAAUUUUGCGGUAUUUAAUAACAGCGCUAAGAUGUCAAGUCUAGUUACUCUCUAGUGCAGUCCUUGAGCAACUAGAGAAUUAUAAUCUUCGUCUGCUGCAGUAUUUAGUUUUGGAAAACACGUGUGCUCGUUGAAUUUGGAUUUUUUCCCCUCAGGUUUUUUAAAGAAAAGUAUGGAAAAUCGCCGGCUCGUUGUAGCAAGAGAAGAUGAACAAGAUGACAGAACAAAAACCUUCAUCUUUAAAGGUGAAGGACAUACCCUGGGCAAUGCUCUUCGUACAUUAAUUUUGAAAAAUCCUGAUGUAAUUUUUUGUGGCUACACCAUUCCUCAUCCAUCUGAAAAUAAACUACAUUUGAGGAUAGAAACAAAAGAAAUGUCUGCUGUUGAUGCUCUCAGAGAAGGACUUGAGCAACUGCAAAGUCUCAGUGACCAUGUGCUGGAAACAUUUGAGACAGCAGUAUCCGACUUUAAAUCAAAACAAAUGGAAGUGUAAUUUCAUAACUGUGUAUUGGUAACUCUAAAUACAGCUUCAAUCUUCAUAA